CCAUUCCCGGUUUCAGGGUCAUGGACAGCUAUCACUCGAACGCUAUGGCUGCGUUUUGUGACUGAGGUUAAAUAUUUCAUAUUCUAUUUUGUCAUCCAUUAGGCUACUUGUUGAGCUGAUCCUACUGAUCCUGCACCUUCUGAAAACAGACCAUUCAGGUGCGUCAGAAUGGAACGGUCGCAACUCUAAAGAUGUCGCGCACGACACAGCACCUCAAAAAAGUGUUCCAAGAAGAACACGAUGGCGACAACUAACCCAGGACCAAGAUGACAGUGGACAUCAAAAGAUAACAUCUCUGGCACUUUGCCGCCUAGCAGACACGUAAGCGAAAAUCACUGGGCUGACAUAGAACCCAGCACUCAUCCGAGAGCCACCACCGGCGGAUUCAAGGCGAACGUAUGCAGCUUGCCGUAAAACGGGUCUACACAAAGGACCAGUGAGCGCAGGCUAGAGCAGAGGAGGGGGAAGCGAGACAUGUUGCUACAGAAAACUAGCAUCUUCAUCGGAGAGCCAUGGAGAACGCGGCCCCAUCAAAUCACGGCUUAAUCUCCUCCAACACAUUAAUUGAAUGUGAAUUACAGAUAAUCGCGGAGGUAAACCAGCAGCACCACCCACGACACAACAUUUAAGAGGUGAAAAACGCAAAUUAGACCCCAAGUCAAUGCAUGUUGUGGCAGAGAAACCCUCACGGUGGAGUCGGCCGGUGAAGAAGCGCGUUACCAAAAUAUGACCAGGGGUGCUUGGACGUGUCUGCAGCAAGAAGACGGCUUCAAAAUCUGGCUAGAACCCCGCGAGAACGAAAAGCCAUUCACCGACUCAGAGCGGGCCCAGAGAUGGCGACUGUCCUUGGCUUCACUCUUGUUUGUAACCAUUCUGCUCUCUGAUCACUUAUGGUUCUGCGCCGAGGCGAAAUUGACAAGGACCCGUGAUAAGUUUGCAUUGACGGACAUGGGAGUUUACCCAUCUGCAAACCCAAUCCCAUCAUCCAACCUCCAUUUAGCACACAGCAGCCUCCGAGAAAACGAAUAUGCUAUUUUUGUAGGGAAUUCUACCAAACCUUUGUGGCGAAUUGAAACUUGCCAUCGCGAUAGUUUAUCUAAAAACUGCUUUACUUUUGAUGACGCCGACCAUUUGUGCAAGGACCUUUCGGGAAAAGAAGGGACACGGACUGUAAAUAUAAGUGAUUUGUACCUUUCCUUUUGUAAUUCUUAUUCCCUUUUGGAUUUGUUUUACGGGUCUACGAGUCCGGACAAUUUGAACUGCAGUCUUGACGUGAUUAUUGAUGGCGAUGUGGCGAGGUGCAGCCUGUGCGUCCAGGCGUACCAGCGCUACGACCAACACGCCCUGGAGAAAUAUGAGGAAUUUGAGCUUAUGACUCAGAAAUAUGAAACGGAUGCAUAUUCAGUGAGAACAUGCAUGGAUGAAUGUAAGGUUGCCUACAAACCGUGGCUGUGUGCACAGUAUUUCCCCACCACACAGAGGCAUUGUGGGAGGACAGUACCGUGUCUCCAGUACUGCUUGGAGGUUCAGCAGAGGUGUCCCUUCAUACUGCCGGACAACGAUGAUCUCAUCCAUGGAGGAAGCCCCAGCUUCAUAUGUACAGGGCUACUGGGGAGCCAUGGGCAGCCCAACAGCCAGGCAGAGUGCUGCGACGUCCGGUGGGACUCUAAACCGGACAACCGCUCCCGUGGGACACUGAAAAGGACUCCAACACCCUCCUGCCAUCACCAACAGGGGGUGUCGACAUCAGUCACCUCGGCCGCCACACCCACCAGACUGUGCAGCAGCAGCGGCCGGCUGAAGCUGUGCCUGCUGGUCUUUGUUCUCCUGCACACUGUCGUCACCAUCACCACCGCAUCCCACAAUUCCACUGGGGUUGUCGGUGUGGCGGCCAUUUUCCCCCUGGAGGAAAGUUCCUCCAGUGAGGAAUAAUGGAUAAAAAUUGCAAAAAAACGUCAGGGUUUUAUCUGGGUGAGUGAGUUGAAAAACCGGUUCUGACCAGUUCUGGCUGCUGCGUCUCUGUUCAGAGAGAACCCUGGAAGGUCCCUGGUAUGUGCUGUCAAAGCCUCAUUGGGCCACAGGAAGUGAGAGCAAUUUACCAGGAGCAAAGGAUGCUGGUAAUUGUAGUCAUGUGGAGAGGCGACAACAUGGGCGGAACCAACACACCUCAGACCAAAGGAUCAAUAUCAUAUCACCGUGUCAAUCUAAACCUGAGUUCACCUUUUCUGUCUCUUGUUUCAUCAGAAUGUACAAUAUCAUUGUCUCUCUCCUCCUUGUUCAGUUGUUUGUGGAGUUUAUUGGAAUGUGAAUUGGUUGUCUUAGAACAUAUAAGAGGCAGAGAAUAUUGAAAAAGGUAUCACCAACCUGUGUAUUUCUAUCCACCCCUCUCAUCACCAGUAACCUUUAGCUUCUUUUGAGGUAACAGACAGUGGAUAUGCUAACAAUAUUCUUAACUCAAACACUCACAAACAGAAAGAGCAAACACGUAUAGAUCCCCGCCUGUCCUGGUGGGUACAUUGAAAAUAUCAGUCAUAACAGGGUACUCUCAUGGCAGUACAUAUAACUCUAAUCCAGAGCCAGUGAAGAGCAGGUGUAGUAUGCCUUUUUGCACUAUUUUGCCGACCUGAACCGUAUUGUGCUCGCUUGGAUUAUUUUCUUUACACGGUUGCAUGGUUCCAGCAAAUAUGCUGAAUGUGUAAUCAGGCCAGUGCAGUACAGUACAGUACAGCUCUGCUCAUCUUAGCUUGGCUCAGUAGUGUGAAUAGGGUAGCAGUGGAGGUCUUGUCACUUGGAUUCAAAACUGUCCCACCAAUUGGCUUCAGUGUACGUCGGAGUUCAUAGUAUUUGAGCCAAUACGUUUCUCUCUCAUUGUACUGUGUCCAUGUGUUUGUAUGUGAUGGACCCAAAGGGGACGUCAGAUCAACAAAGCUCAAUUUACCUCAAAUCAAGUCAUCUGUUGGCUUAGAUAGACUCUGUUUUUCUAAAGCAGUACGUCCUAGAACUGUACGUCUGGCUUUUAUAUUUGACUCAUAUAUUUCUCAAUAUAAGUCUCUGGUACGUCAUACCAGUGCAUUACAGCCAGUUCUCUUCACACAGUGGGACAGGUGUCACAAGGGGAGACACAGGAACACAUCGAAACAAAAUAUAUCUCUUACUGAGUUGUUUUUACAUGUGAAAGUGCUCGUCGAGUGGCAAUGAAAAGAUCAACCAUACCCAGACCUGGGUUCAAAUAGUAUUUGUUCUCUUUGAAAUAUUUUAGCUGCACUCGAUUGAGUUUGCCUGGUGCAAUGUACCCAAUGGGAUUGUCCCAAAAGUAUAAAUGAAAAUCCUGCCCAUGUGGCAUCUCCAGACAAGCUCAAUCAAAUGCUCAACACAUUUGACAGAAAACGGACACCAUUUGAACCCAGGAUGGAUCAUACAUACCCUCUCCUCUUUGUCUCUAUUUGACCUUAUUAUCAUCGUGACCAAGAUAUUUACCUUGUAUCUUUACACAGAGCUAAGGCCUUAGCUAGUAGGCAUUUUUGUAAGGAGAUUUCAAGGGCUGGCUCUACAUACUGUAUUUACUUCCGUUGGUGUGACUGCUGCUAACCGGUACUCAUUGAUAUGGCAUGUAGGGGAAGACAUCUGAUAGGCUCCUUAUGCUUUCACUUUUGACCUUGUCAUCCCUGUCUUAUCCUUUCCAUUCAACUGAGUAGUGCAUAUUAUGGCAACUUUGUUUUUUCUACGCGUACAUAUAAUCAGUACUGCCGGAAUAACUCUGAAGUCAACCGUACUCAGGCAUGAAGAAGUCAAUCUGAGGAUUAGGGUGAAGUUUCUUCAAUACGCUGAUCUUGGGUCAGUUUAGCAUUUUACCCACUAAUGGUUAGGUGUUAGAAUUGGGGGAGGGAAACUGAUCCUAAAUCUUUAUCUAGGGAAAACUUCACCCUGAAAGGCUAUGUGCUUUAGCCUUUUCACAUUAUACUGUUUCCCCCUUAGGUUCUCGUAACAGUUGAUUUUCUCACAGACACUCAUCGAGGUGAGCUGUUCUUUGUAACCAUCAAUCAACAACAUGACUUUAUUGUUUCCCUCACAUUUACUUUAUUCCCCCAAAAGACAGCAGCGGAUGUAACCGCCUCUCUGUAGAAAUAACCUUCAACAAACUCCCUCAAACAUUCAUGAUCUGAAUUUUGUGGAUCUAUGCAGAUGUCCUACCCCUGUCUGGCCCCAUAUAUACAGCACUCAAGUUGCACAAAUGAUGUACAACACAUUUGGCACAAUGGUUGUGAUACAACUGAUGUUUUUGUGAUUCAACAGAUUUUUUUUCUGCACAAUGGUUGUGUAAUAAUUUUUCUGAAGAAAAAAAACGAUGUUGAAUGACAUGUUAUGUCAUAUGCAUUGUACUUCAGUUGAACAACUGGAGUGUUAACUGGUGUAAAUAUGUCGUAGAGAAGUGAGAUAUUCAAGUUUUUUCUGUUUUUCUUUUUAGGGAAAGCUUCUUGUGUUUGUUUUUGGUUGCAUUUUCUGUUAAUGGUCUCCCUUCAAACAAACGACAACCUUUAAAGGCUUUAUAAGCAUCUGCAGUAUGUAGUGCUUAUGAAGACUUUAUGCAUGCUUUAUAAAGCCUUUUAAUGUUGUACUUCGUUUGAAGUUGGACCUUGUUAAGAACUACAGCAUUGUAAGUCAGAUCAGUAGGAGAGAGGAUUGGGAAAAGGUGUGAUUGGUGUGUGCAAGGAAAACAAUGAAGAAAAAGGUGGGAAUUAUGAUGAAAAUUGUAAAAAAUAUAUAAAAAAAUUAACACAGAUACCUUAUUUAUCUUACUAUUGUCAUAUUAUCAUAAGAUAGAUGCUUUAGUUUGCAAUUAUCUUUUCUUUUUCUACAGAAGAGUUUGAUGAAAUAAUUUAUAAUGCGUCUCGAAAGUCAUCUUUUUUGAACGUAAGAGAAAUGCAGAAACAUUUAUUAAAAUUUUGUUCAAAAUAAAAUAAAAAUGAUGUUA